CACUGUUUAACUCUAUUCAUAAAGGACAUCUUCUAUUUGUUCGUUCAUCUGAACUCUGCUCAUCGGUCCGAUGGCCCGCUAUGAACCGUGACCAAUCAUUGCUAUUGAGGUGUGGACUGUCUUCGCAACACAAUAUACCACUGGGACCACUUCGUGACAACACAUUUUUUUAUUUUCCAGAUCAUAAUGAUAAUCAUUUGUGUUUUUGCACUUAGCAUAUAUAAAAAGACGCAAGUGAAAUGGAAUCUAGCUUAGCGUUUCAAACAAUUAGAGGAUAAUAAGAAAAGGUCCAGAAAUUCAAACUUAUUUAUUUUCUUCAGAGAUUGACAAACCGCUUGGGACACUCUUACAUAAUUUAAAGAUAUCAUUGUUGAUGAUGGAGAUCUUGCUUGUUUUGUGUUUUUGCUUGGCUGUUUAUUUAAACAAAGGGACCUGCUACAUGACCGGUGCCCCUUUUGGAACAUGUUUAACAAUGUAUCCCCAUCAUGGAUCAGCAGUACAUCAAACAACAGAUACACCUUUUACUAUAACUGUUGAUAAAGCUACCUAUCUGCCUGAUGAUGAACUUACAGUUGUUAUUGGUUCGGCAAACGAUACAACAUUUAAAGGUCUAGAGUUGAAAGUUCACAGAUUGAUUGGAAACCAAGAAGUCCUAGAAGGACAAUUUACACAGUUCAAUACGACUAAACUCCAAACACAGAACUGUUUCGGCGGAGACAAGAAUUUAAUAACACACACAAACAACAACACAGUGACGUCAUUGACCAUAAAAUGGCGAGCACCGAGUGAGAAUAUAGGAGAUAUACAGUUUACGGCAACAGUUGUUGAAAGUUUCAGCGUCUUUUGGUUUAAUGUGAAAGCAGUAGUACAAGCUGGUUCUACUGAUAAUAUUGUCGAUCCUGUAUUUCAGCUACCUAAAAUUUCAGCAGAGUUUACACCAGUUAACUUCAACACUUGUGGCAAAACUAAAGGCUGUUUUUUUCAUCCACAUACCUGUACUGGCGAUGACUGUACAAUGGCUGUAACCUAUGAAGCUAAUGAUGACGAUACUUAUAGUUUUGAGAUGUUUGGAAAAUCAACUAAUGGUGCUGGUUAUAUUUCUACUGCUCUCUCUAAAGAUAAAUCGAUGGGUGAAGAUGCUGCAUUUGUAUGCUCAAUUGAAACUGAUAACGUUGCUGUGCGUUUUGCUUAUAAUCCACGUCAUUAUACAGUACUAGACUAUACAAGAGGUUUCACCAGUGUUGAAACUCGUUACGAGAAUGGCAACAUCUACUGUCGAUUUACCAGAAAUACAAACACAACACUGCACCAGUUACCAAACCUGAAUUUUGACCUUUCUGAGUCACAUUAUCUUCAAAUGGCUUAUGGUGAAACUUACAGUAAUACUGGUCAGGCGAAAAAGCACCAGGUUGCUCCAGUUGUCACCAAGGAUUUAGUGUAUCUAAAGGACACCAAUGUACUGACAGUAAACGGCCCUGUGUCUGGGGCUAAAACACUACAGUGUAUUCAAUUGACAAUUAUCAUGUCUCUACUAUUUGUCUGGUUAUAAGAACCGAAUGCGAGAGAAAAUAGUAAUAUUUAAUGAAUGAAUUUAAUUACGAAUUUGCUUGCCCACACCUUUCAAACCACCCACUCAGUAGCCUCUCCUCAAUAUAUUUUUGUUCUAUGUAAAUAUAUUCACUGCAUUAUAUGGAACCCACUUUUCUUUAGCGAGAAACCAUUUUGAAUAUUACAACGAAAGACGACAGUAAUAUUGUCAUAACCUGUGAGCAAGACUUGGAUAACUUUCAUACAUCAACAAACAAAGAAAACCCACACACUAAUAAGUCUUUGUUUAAUUACAACGAAGCUACCCAACACAUCUUUCGACUGUAUGGAUGACGAUUAUAGAGUUGCGCCAUUAAAACAACAAUCCUAACGAGAUUUUGGCGGAUUUGCCUCGACUCUACAGCCAGAUAAAAGGAAAUAAUGAUGCCUGACUGGAACUUUAUAUUUUUAAACCAAUUUCAAUCACCAAUAUUAUUCCCAAACUACUGUUUUUUUUUAAUAACUAUAAUUACAUGAAUAGUUGUUCUAUAAAUAUCAAUGUUAAUACUACAGCAAGCUUUACAAGAGAAGUAACUAUUUAUAAGCAAGCGGAUUCAAUAAUCUUAUAUAUGAUUUUGACUGGAUGAAUCUAUUUAAUUAUCUCAAUUUAAGUGAUGCCUGUGAAUUAUUUUACGAUACUUUAAAUCAGUUUAUCAACGAAUGCAUCGCCAAAAAAUCCCCAAAAAACGGUUACAAUUCGACGUUCUGACAAACCGUAGUUUAAUUCCGAAAUACGUAAAGCGAGUAGAAAACGUGAUAGGUUACGAAGAAAUUUCUAUUCAAACAAAAAACUGAAGGAUUUAAAUGGGUACAAAAAAAUUUAAAUAUUAUGAUAAACUUAUUUCAACUAUUACUGAUCCAAAUAAUACGUCGAGUGAUGUUUGGUACUCAAAGAAAAACUGAUCAGGGCAAAAUAUUAAAAAUGUUAUAACGACUUUAAUAUCAAAUACGCGUACUACAUUGUAAAGUUGCCUACACUGACUGCGAACAGGCUGAAUUACCGAAUUCGUUUUUUAUAUCCGUAUCCAAUAAUGAAUCACUUAGCGACUCAUUAAAAUUUCGUUCUAAAACAAACACUAGAUUUAAAAUGCCGAAGAUACACAAUUCUGAAAUAACUGUUAAAUCUUAAAGGGCUAAUCCCGAUAAUUUCCUUGGAGAAUAAAACUGUUUAAUGUUGUUUUAAAAUCCCUUAAAAUCAUCUACCUAGGGGCCCAGCAACUAACUCAAUAUUUGUGAUAAGUUUUCAAAUAAAUGAAACCCGUCAGUCUUCAUCUGGAAAUGGAGACCGGUGUCCCAAGCUGUAUUAUGCGGUGUCUAGAUAAAACCAGACAUUUUUUGUAUAAAAAUAAUGUGUAGGUGAAAUUUACCUUUCGUUAUCAAGUACAGCAUUUGGGUUAUUCACUGUAUAGAUCUCACAAUGAACGGGAAUCGAUUAUCAGGUCACCCAACGAAAAAAUUGACUCGAAAUCUUAAAAGGGUUACGUGUCUGGAUAAGCAGUUUUGACGGUCAGGUCCAAACGACUCAAUAUUUUGAGCUGAAAUUUUGAGAUAAGGUAAAUACACCAUUCCUCUAUAUUUUGGCGUUUAAAUUUCAUACAUACUCAGACUUCUAUUUUUGAGACUCUGUUCAAAUAAGGGAUAGUCCCUUUAAUAUCAAAAAAGUAAACGACCCUGAUAGAAUAAGUAAUCUCCUCUUAAAGCAUCUAGCAAAAAGUAUUUCUAUCUCCUUAUCUGCACUAUUUAAUAAAUCUUUACAAGAAGGAAUAUGCCCAAAGAUAUGGAAACAAGACAAUGUUAUACCACUAUUCAAAAAAGGUGACAAAUCCGAUGUCACUAAUUAUCGACCUGUAUCGUUGUUAAGUGCUAUUACUUGACAAUUUAGUUUUUAAGCAUAUCUACAAUUAUUUUCAUUUUAAUAAUUUACUAAAUUUCUAUCAAUCUGGCUUUAGACCUAAAUUAUCGACUGUACACCAAGUUUAUAAAAUGGCGAAAGUUCAUCUUUCAUCUUUUGUGACAUGGGGGGUGGGGGGGUUGGAUGGCUGAAUGGUUAGCGUGCGCGCGCUGUAUCAUAAAGUCUGUCAUUGAGUCGACUGGCGUGGUUUCGAAUCCCCGGUUGUACGUGGCAAGGAGUAGGUUGGCCUGUCCAUCCGCGUGGGUUUUCUCCGGGUCCUCCGGUUUCCUCCCACUGCUAAAGACCCCUACGCGCAAGCGAAUUAUUGAAAUAAAAUUAAACCAUAUGUUAGUCCCGAAAUGACCUAGUUUGUGUCGAGUGAACGUUAAACCUCAUCUCUCUCUCUCUCUCUCUCUCUCUCUCUCUCUCUCCUCCUGGGGUUAAUUACGGUGAAUUAGAUUUUAAAAAAAUAAGAUACCAAUAUAGUUUCUUUAUAAUAAAGAUCCUUUGAAGUGAUGUUUCACGUGACUUUCUAUAUCCUGCAUGAUUAAAGUCUAUCGUAUUUCUUACCCCUACCUUUUUGCUUCAACCUUUUAUUUAAAAAAUGACAAAAUAAAAAAUUAAAUGUAAAAUAACAUGUUUUAUAUGAAUAAAAAAUUAAUUGACUUAU